AUGCAAGUAGCCUUACAGCCAAAUUGUCAUGGUUUGUCUGUCACCAGGUUCAUGGAUCCCUUUGUAUAUGGAGAUUAUCCAGGAACAAUGAAAACUAUUGUUGGCACCAGGCUUCCUCGUUUUACCAAAAAUCAAUCAGAAAUGGUUAAGGGAUCAAUCGACUUUAUAGGACUGAAUUAUUACACUAUUAAUUUUGCCAAAGACACAAAGCUUAUCCAGGAGCCAAGGCAUUACGUGGGUGAUCGAUUAAAGUUGUUCCAUUUGCAUUUCUCUCUUCUUUCUAAUCUAAUUACAUGUAUUUUCAAUUUGAUCCCUCAGCAAACAUACCCUAACUUACCAUGGGGUUUACAAGGAUUUUUGGAGUACUUCAAGAAUGUUUAUGGCAAUCCUCCUGUUUAUAUCCAUGAAAAUGGCCAAGUGAUGGAGUAUAAUUCAUCAUUGAAUUAUCUAUCAAGAGUAGAGUAUUUGCAAGGUCAUAUUGGGGGUGUGCUUGAUGCAGUGAGAAAUGGAUCGAAUACAAAAGGGUAUUUUGUGUGGUCGUUCUUGGACUCGUAUGAGUUAUUGUUUGGAUAUGACUACACCUAUGGUCUAUAUUAUGUUAACUUUAGUGAUCCGAGUUUUCCUAGGAAUCAGGAUUUUUGA